UGUUCAUAAAUUUAUCAUUCACACUAAACAUCCUAAUAACUGGAUGUGAUAUAAUUAAUCAAUGAAAAUAGAAUAAAUAAAAUUUUGAUGUUGACAAGAAUGUUUUGGCCUGGUUUUGGCCUACUUUUUAAAAUGAUAUUUGAAAAUCUUCCAGAGGGAGUUAAUUCAGUCUGGAAGAGCGUGCUGAAGGCAAUGAUUCAAAAUGGCGUCCUUAUUGACGCUUCACAACGAAAAUGCCCAGCAAGGCUAGCUAAGCUCGGUGUCGGAUUUCUCGGAUUUUGAAUGCUUUUCUCGGACAUCCAUCAGUAUGGAAUACUAUCAGGAAUAAAAUGGAGAAAAUAAGAGACAGGAGGAAGAGGGGCAAGAAAUCCUCUAGUGAGACCCAAGAUGAUGUUAGUACCACCAGUAGAGAGUCUAACAACAGCUCCAACAGCAAUAGCAACACCAGUCUUCCAAGCAUUGCUGCCACAUCGACCACAUCUGCACUGAACAUCCCCACCUCGACAAUGGCGGCGGCUAACGUCCGCCUGCCCAUUUCGGACAAGAGGGCCCUCUUCCAAGAGAAAGUGCGGCAGAGUAACGAAGCGUGUCAGAACGCAGACUUCCAGCGAGCCAUACGCCUCUACACUGAAGCACUGGACCUCGAUCCGGCCAAUCAUAUAUUGUACAGUAACCGCUCGGCAGCGCAUGUGAAGUUGAAAGAUUAUGAGAGGGCACUCACGGAUGCGAUCAAGGCAAGGGAACUAAAUCCAAAGUGGCCAAAGGGUAGCCACUUCAGUUGUAAGCUGCUUUUUUCGCAACAGGCCCUGUGUAACAAGUUGAGUGCCUGGCAAGAAGGCAGAAGGGCCCACUUUCAUACAUCUUCUAUAUGAAUCAGCCAGGAUUGAACCUUCUGUUGAUGAGGAGGGAUCUUUAAACACUGACCACCGUGCCAAGUAUGACUUCCUUCAAUUUCUUAAGUUUUAGCUCAUCAAAUGAGGACUGCGGCUACAUGUAACUACAUUUAGAUGUUUUUCUUCUCAUCUUUGCAAGAGGUUCAUCUGUUUCUUAUUUCAAUGGUCAACUCAGUUUAAACUAGAUAAACAAAUGAUUGAACUUAAUGGUUAAAAAAACUCAGGAUUCUGCAUUUAUUGGAUCACUUGUCUGUGACAACAUGAGAGCAUAUUAAGAUAUGGCAGCAGUGCUUAUUUUUAGCUCCAAUAUCACAGCAAUCACAAAUGAACUUUGACACCUUCAUACUGUGCAUUAAACCUAUUUGAUGGUUGAAAUGACAGGUGGUAUAUUAGUGACAAGCCUAACUACCUCACUUAUUCCAUAACUAGGUCUUUUGAUUCAUGCUGAUUUCUAUUUGUAGGGAGAGAGAGAGCAUAUGGGGUAAAAACAAACAUGUGUAUCUGUUUUGAUAACGAAAAAGGCCAAGUUCAAAAUGUUUUAAGACAAUAUGUAUCUUUACUACUUUCUGAUCUACAUGUAUGCUCGCAAUAACUCAUAGGAUAUCCCCUGUGGCCAAUUGGAUUCAAAUAAUACACAUAAAUCUCAAGAGCUGCAAUUCAUCUAGAACAAUGUUCCCUUGCCUUUUCUGCAAACUAGAUCUUUAUGGCUCUGUAUCUACAUGUACAUGUACAUCUGACACUGCCUUUGAUUGUCUCAUUUUCAAACUUUACUUUUUAUUCCAUAGUCUUCGACUGAAUCACUGAAAUUCCACACCUUCAGAAUGUUGACACAAGCAUCCAUAAAUAUAUUUGUUCAAACAUUUCACAAUAGACUCCCUUUCGUCAUAAUCAAAUUGCCCGGUCUAGAACUCCACCCCAUACAAAGUUACAGUAGCGGCAAGCAUGUGACCCCGUUCGGAAUCCAUUGGUACAGACUUGUGCCAGAAGCGACAGCCCUCUGCCACUGCUCAUAAAAAAUUGAACACAUAUUGAGCAGAGUUUAUAUAUGUUGCCUUGGUAAUGACCCUUCGCCUAAAGGGGACUCCCUCACAAGUACUGUACUGGCUUGCUAGAUCUUUGUCUCUUUCUCCCUCUCUCCCUUUGUUUCGUAAGAAGGGCAGUCAAGGUAUAUCCAGAGUCAAGUAGGUUGUGUAGGAGAAAUAGGUUCAUUAUCAAACUUAUUCAGAGAAAAGGCAUUUCAAUUGAUAGUUUGAAUCAAAUUAAGUAAUUUUAUGAUUAUUUGCCUAAGCAUAUCACAAGUUUUAGAGUAACAUGUAGAUCUGAAAUGACAAAAGAGGAGUAAAGUGCAUGUUGAUCACAUCAUUUUCUGUUGACAUACCUAUAGUACGUUUGAUUCAUCUUCGGAUAUGUCUAAAGUCAUUUUUAGCAACAAUACAACUACAGAACACAUGAUAAUGAUCUUAAAACUGAAAUAGUAGCACUGUACAUUUUAAGUUUAUGCUUGCAGGUUGCUCUUUUUUUUCAUACAUGCUAAAGUGCCUUUCCCUCUGAAUUUUAGUUGCAUCUACAUCAUUUCAAUUUAGAAUCUUUUUGAAUUAUUUAUAAAUAUUGUGAGAUUUGUUUAUUUUCUUUCAUUCCCUAAUUGAUUAAUAUGAAAUCUUAAAAAAACCCACAACAACAACCAUACAGAAACGAUUGUUAACAUGUAGUCUUGGCGUGGAGUCAUUGGUCUGACAAAAUUUGAAUACAGAGUAUGCACCGUCUACACUUUUCAAGUUUAGAGUUACCCAUGAAAUCUGCAAACAAUUCCUCAUACAUAAAUAAUGAGAACAUUUUAUUCAGUUUCGUGUAUCUUAUUGCAGUUACUGAUUUUCCUUAGAACUUUGGCCACCAAAAGGUUUGAACUGUUGUCAAUUACAAUACAAACUUUCUUGUGGACAAUCAGUGGUCUUUAAAUGUACAUAAAGCUUUUAGCAACUUUCUUUCUGUGUUUGGGGCUUUGUUUCAUAUUUGUGCUGAUUUGUUUAUAAAGCUCACCUGGGACAAAAUAUAAUGUGAUUUUAUUCUAUCAUUGUUGUUGUGUGGCUACAUUAAGUUGACCUAGACCCUGUUUCAUUUACUUUAUUCAAGAGCUUUUUUUAUUGUCUUGUAAAUAAAAUAAAGGGAGGGGGUGGGCUCACCUCACCAAUGAAUAAACAAGAUUGCGUCUAAUAUGGUACAUAUUUAUGAGAUGUGAUACCACUGUUGAAUUAAGUAGUCAGAAAAAAUAUAAAAAUUGAGUACGGUAGAUCUUCCUUGUCUAUUUCAACACCUUCUGGUACAUAGUAAAAAAUUCAUUGAGACCAACUUCAAAUAGUAUAUUUCAAAGUGAUAGCCACUGACAUUGUUGACAAAAAAAUUAUUUAAGUUUGUACCUCUUUGUGCAAAUUUGCUACAAUCUGAGAUUGUGAAAGACCAAAAAGUUCCUUGAGCUUUGCUGAAGUGAUAGCUUUGUCAAUAUACCACAGAUGAGGUGUGAAAUACAUUAAAAGAAUGUGAUACUUCAUGGAAUAUUUGAUUUAUAAUAGUUACAAAGGGCAAUGUAUAUAUAAAUGCUAGUGUGACACGCAGUGCAUUUUGACCUUGAGUUAUACUUUUGAUUGAUAGGCCUAACUAAAAUAGAUACAGUUGUAAUGAAAUAUUUUGUUUGCACUUUUGAGCUGUUGAUAGAAUAUACCGGUAAUUGAAUAUAUAAUAUUUAUUCAGAAGUACGAAACAGGUGCAUUUCCAUAUUUGCCUUGUGAGGAGAUGCCUGUACACGUAUAUUGGAACAGUUUUGUUCGUCUCUGUGUGGUAAAAGAGACAGGCACUGAUACAUUAAAAGCAUAACUACACAACUCAGGAACAAAAUAAUCAAUACCUACUGUCCUACUUUCAGAAAUAUUCAAUUGAAAGACAUGCAAAGAUUACACUUUAUGUUUAGUAUACUGUAUAUUUCACACAAAAAAUAUAAAGUGAAAUAAGCUUUUACUUUAUAUUACAGCUGCAGAAACUACAGAGGCUACAUACAAUUGAUUUUAUGGAAUUUUAUAAUCAAUAAAUAAAGGAGAAUAAGGCUACAUUUUUCAAGGCAGCUGAUGAUAUCGAAACAAUUGACAUUAUUUACUUCAAAUUGGAUCAAUGACCCUGUAUGGCAUUAACACACCUAUGAAACAAAAAGUCAAUAGUAAAUGAGCGUAAGAUCCCCCUAAUUGUGCUUAUCUACAUCAGAAAGCCCCCCAAAGCUAUUGAUUAUUUCACAUCAGAAAUUCUUUUUAAUUCAAGUGAGAUUUUUGUUUGAAGGAGAAGCAGAAACGUUUGUUUUGUUCGGAUGCUGUAGUGUAGAACACCUUCAUUGAUUUAUGCGGCAUUCAGGGCUGAUGCCAAGCUUGGGCUUUUAUAAAUAGAUCAAUAGAAUAUUGAUAAUACAUUUGAGAUGUUUUUGAUUUGAGAAUCGUUGUUUGGAGGAAGCAUUGAAAAUUAUAAAAUUGUUUGGCUCCAAAAUAGAUUGAUAAUUUUGAGCUAUUCAGGCCUCUACAAAAUUUUUUUUCGUCACUUGCCCUGUUGGGCAAGUGAUGAAAAAAUUUGCUUGCCCGAUAGAAAAAACUGCUUGCCCAAU